UAUUUACAUUAUUUUAUUUUUCAUAUGAGAUAAUAUUUGUUUCUUUUAUCUGAUCUGUUAAGUAGAGCUUAUGUAAUUUAUCUGUAAGAACCAAAAUAAAAAAAUUAUAAUUCGUAACUUUGUCACGUGGAUAAAACGUUCAUUUGUGUAAUUAAAAGUACAGAAUACAAGAAGCAUGGCGCUGUGUUAUACGAGACUGCUAUGUCGCCGUACUGUCGAUUUGCGUAAUUUUCGAAAUUUAUAUACGUGCAGCCCACGUAAUGUUGCCAUCUCAGCACCAUGUAUGGGAAGCACAAUUUGUGAAUCUCAUGAUGAGAGAAAUAUGCGCCUAAAGAGACCUAUGUCACCACACUUGACUAUUUAUCAAGUUCAAAUAACAUCACUUCUUUCCAUUACGCAUCGUACAACAGGCCUAAUAUUGUCAAGUUAUGCAAUGAUGCUUGGUUUAGGAACAUUACUUAUCCCUGGAGGUAUUCCUUGCCUUAUAGAAAUGAUUUCAGAUUUAGGUUUAUCAGCUCCUAUUCUUUUCGUUGGCAAAACUUUACUAGCUCUUCCUGCUACUUACCAUACACUCAAUGGAUUUCGUCAUUUGUUUUGGGAUUUAGGAAUGUUCCUUACAAUUAAAGAAGUAUAUAGUACUGGAUACGCAGUGACUGCAUUGUCUGCAAUUGCUGCUGUUCUUCUUGCUGCAUUGUAAGUUUCAUCAAUUACAUUGUCAUACAAUUUUUACUGAAAAUUAACUGUAUUAUCAGAUCAAUUUGUCCAACAAAUUGUACAAAAUUUAGAGUAAAACAUUAGAAUAACAAAUCUAAAAAAUACAGAUUGUUAUUAGUUACUUUAUAAAUAAUAAAUACAUAUGAUUUAGAAAUAUAAGAACUUAUUUAACAAAUUUGUAUUUGCAUAAUUGUAUUUAAAAUGUAUGUAAGUACAUAAAUUAAUGUAUUAAACAAAGCCUUCAAGAGAUGAA